GAGUUUAGUUCUGUUUUCAACCCCGACGAAGUGGGUUUACUAACGUCGCGUUUGUUGUUUACAAAAUUGAAAGAAACAAAAAAAAAAAGAAAACAAAAGCAAAUUAAAAGAAUGUUUGAGAAUAUUUAAACAAAUACAACACUAAACCUAAAGAGAAACUUAACAGAGAUGUUAGUAUAACUAAAGAGUAGAAUCACACAUUUGAUAUUACAGUUAACAUGCCUGUACUAACAGCUCUGUUGUUAGUUAGUUGAUAAAACUACUUUCAUUUGUUAAUGUUUAAUACAAAAAAGAGAAAUAUGCAAAUUUUAUUAUAAAUUUUAUUUUGUGCAAAAUAUGUUUUAAACAAAAGUUUCAAAGAAAAAAACAAAAUCAAACUAAACCAAUAUUAAAACUUCAUAUUUAUUACAAAUAAAAAAAAAACUCAUCAACAAAUAAUUUGUGACAUUAUUAAGAAAGAAAAACUAAAUAAUAAAUGUCAAUUGUCAAGUUAUACAGUUGUUUCCUAUUACUGUUUAUAAGGCUGUCAUAAACAGACAGCGCGUAUGUGUGUGAGUGCGCGAAUUGUUUUGAUUUUUCUUCUUAAUUUUUUUUGUAUGUGUUUUCCCCAUUUUGCUUCCUAUUGUUUUUUGGGGAAAAAUCUUUUGUUAAUGAAAUCAAAACCAACAACAGCAAGAAGAAGAAGCAUUACAUAUGUUGCUCUAAAGCAUAAUUAAGGAUUACAAUACUGUUUUUUUUUUUGGGAAAACAAGGAGAACAAUAACAAAAGUACUAUAUAACAAAAAAAUGUUGACUUGAAAAAAGGGACCAAAUUUUGUUUUGCGGAUCGAAGAAAGAAAAUUCUUCUUGUCUAAGAGAAGUAACGGUACUAACCGAAUACUUUAAAAGCAACAAACAAACUUCAUGAACACAUUGUACCAUGUCAACACGAAAAUCUACACUAGCUUCUCCAACAGCUCAAGGGACGAAGGUGGAAAAUGCUUCAACGUCAUCACCCACAUCAACUGUAAACACAGCAAAAACAUUAGAGAAAACAAAUGCCAGCUCCAGCUCUUCUGGGGAAAAAGAUGAAAUGGGAGCAAAUGCCUCUUCCAACACAAAUACAUUAAAUCCAAGUGAUUCAAAAGCCACAGAACAAAAUCCAAAAGCAAAUCAAGACACUAAACCAUUUCUACAAAGAGUUACCAGAAAUUCACCACUUUUACUAGCGUCACCGCUAGGUGCUAUCACAAUUAAAAAAGAACCAUUAGAUCCCAACGAUCAUCACGUAAACAGCGAUAGUGAAGAGGUGGGAGGUACAAAUACCACAACCAAUACUAAGAAAACCAAUAUAAGGGGACGUAAGUCACUAAAAGAACAUAAGGAAUUGGCUGAGAAAGAAGAAGAACAAGAGGCCAAAGAAAAAGUAAAAGACAAAGAAGAUUCAGCUAAAGAAACGAAAGAAGAACAAAACGAAAAGAAAGAACAGUCUGAGCAAAAAGAUAACACAGCAUCUGCUCAAUCAACUAGCACUACAACUGCCUCAAAUCGUUUGACCCGUAAGACGGUAGCAAACCAAGAAGCAGCCAAUACUCGUGUUACCAGACAACGUCAGUCUAGCGGAGCUUCAGCACGAUCCGAAACACCUCCAGCAAGAUCUAGAAGUGGACGUACCAUAGGUCGAAAUAAAAUGCCAGUACCAAUGAUAGAUACUACUCCUGCCGUCACAAAACGCAAACGAUCUGUUGAUGUUGAAAAUGCAGCUGUCAAUAAAUCCACUAUUGAUGAGCCAGGUCCAAAGUAUAUUAAAAUAGAGGUAAAAGAUCCAGAUGUAGAAAAUGAGGACAUUUUGCUGUCAUCACAAAAUACUAAUGCCAGUUCGGAAGGAGUCGAAGAAUCUGUAAUUAAAAUCAAACAAGAAAUUUUAGAUGAAAGUGAAAAUGAAUUGCCUGCUACAACAGAAUCUAAUACCACAACUGUCAGCACAGCUGUUACUACAAAUACUAAUAGAAGCAAAGGAAGAAAUGCUAAUAGAAAAUCAACUAACAAUACGACCACAACAGCAUCAAACAAUAAUUCACCUAGUACGCGAGCUACUCGACAGACAAAGCAGACCUCACCACCGGCACAAAGUAAUAAUGCUCCUGCGGAUACUAAAAGACGAAGAAUGGGCUCACAGACACGUAGUCUCCUUAAAUCGAUUGUUGGCAGUAAUGCCAAGAACCAGCCUACAAAUGGAGAUGAUGAAGACUCUAAAGACAGUGCUGCUUCCUCGACAAAUACCGAUGACAUUGUUUUGGCACUGAUAAAAAGUGAAAAAAUCUCUAUGGAGUUAGAUGAUGACAACACAAAUGAUGCCAAAGAUAUACCCGCCAACGUUGAAAAGGAUGAACAUGUUAAAACUAUUGUGGUUACAGAAGAAAGCAAUGAUUUGCCUCCCUUAGUUGUGGAUACAGACGUAGCCCAAGCAAUAACUGAUGAAAAUACUGAAAUUCUUGAAUCAGCAGCAGCUUUAACACCUGUUGCAGCUAGUUGUUCUUCUGUAGCCUCUGGCUCUGAAAAGGCUGCCUCCUUAAGCCCUUCAGAAUUGGUGAGCGAAGGUGUAUCCGAAAUCAGUGUUAAACAAUUUUACAAAAAGCCCAAGUUUUUGGAAAAUAACUUGGGCAUAGAAGAAGAUCCUAAACUAGGAAAUAUAGUACAGAAAGUUGUAGGUCUGGAAACUGUAGCUGUUGUGCCACCUACAACAUCAACGGCUUCUUUAUUAACAGACACCAUCUUAAAAACAGAUACAACAUCAAGUGUACCACUACUAGAUGAAUCCUAUUCAAAUGAAUCCCUUAAAGAGGGAACAUUAUGUUUGGAAGAAAGUAUUGAGGAUAAAAAAUUGACUACCCAAGAUGAUAGUAACAGCCUGUGUUCGAGUGAUAAUUUAACACCUCUAUUAAUUGUGGAAGAUGAUGAUGAAGAAUUAGAACAAGAAGUUGAAGCUAAGAAGAAUACAGCUGAAAUAACCGAACCUAUAGACGUAGAGGAACCAUUACAGAAAACACCAACUAAACAGAUUGUAUUAAAUAAUGCUGUAGAAGACGAAACAACCAAACUUACUGUUAUCACAGUCGAUGAAGAAGAUAACGAACGGGAUCAAGAUCAAGAAGAUGAACUAACGUUAGAAGAAAGUGAAACUAUAUCAAUGGAUAAUAAUGCCUCGAUAAAUGAUGAAAUCAUAACAGAAACCGAAGAUCCAGCAAAUGAAGAAAAUAUAGCAGAAAUCGAAGAUUUUAGCGAUGUUACAGAAGCUGUGGAAAACACCAGCAGCAAAUUAAAUGAACCUCAGGACCAAAUCGUGGAGGAUAAGAAUAAAUUAGUUCUUCAGGCAACAAGUGAAGUAGAAAAAGAUCAUGAUUUUACUAAAAUUAAACUUAUUACUAACGACAAGGAAAAUAUAACCGCAAAAAAUACGGCCACAGAAGUUUCAAACCAAAAUGUUAGCGUUCCAACUCCCGAGGAUGAAGAUAAUGAUGUUUUGGCAAAAAUAGAUGCUGAAUUGAAAAAGAUCGAUGAACGUCAUAAAGAAAAACUUGUAGUUAAGACUGAAGACAAGUUAGUGGUACCGCCUUUAGUCUUAAAUAUAACUGAUGACAGCGUUAAGGAAUCUAUAGAUGAAUUAAUAGUAUCUCAUGAAAGUAUGGACAUUGAUGCUGAUAUUAAGUUAACAGCGGAAGAAGACACCAAAAACAUUGCUAAAGAGGAUGGCCUGAUGGAUGAAGUAUUGAAUAUUAAACUAGAUGAUGAACAACCCUUAAUUAUAGCAGAAGAUAUUAAGUUAAUAGAGGACAAAGACAAACAAGAAGAGGAAGAAGAUGUAGGCAUUAGCAGUGAUAUGGAUAGUUUCUUAAUAGAAAAAAAGAUUGAGAUUAAAAAUAGUUUACUUAAGGCAUCUUCUGAUACAGAAAUUGAGAAUGUAAAUGGCAAACCUACACCCACAUCAUCAUUAGGCAGUUCACCAAUUAAACCAAAUUUAAACUUAAUAAAAGAUGAUGAUACAACUUCCAUGAAAUCGGGACAAUCAGCAACAUCUUGGAUAACACUCGAUCUUGAAAAUGAUGAUGAGGAAACACUAAGGAAAAAAGAACUACAUCUACAAAACUUGGGCUUGGUUACACAUAAGGCAGCGGAAAAACGACGCUUAGAAGUUAUGCAAAGUUCAGCGGCAAAUGUGGAGGCUUCUAAGGCAGCCACACAGCACAAUCAACAUAACAAAAGAAAUGGUAAAAAUUCAUCUCAUGCUGCAUCCACACAUCACGAGUAUACUGGUACAUUGAAAACAAUCAUCAAAAUUAAUCGUAAUUCAACAGGUGGUUCCACCAGUGGUAGCAAUGGACGUAAAUCACAAAAUAAUACAGCUGGUUCUUCGACGUCCAAAGAACAACAACAGCAACAAAGGCGUCAAUCGUUAAAAAUGACAUUCCAAAAAGGUCGUGCUCGUGCCCAUGGUACUGGCAAUAAUGAUCGUUCUCAGCAAGAUCGUGAAGGUCAUGGUGAGGACAAUUAUUAUACUAUACAAAAUGAGACUGAAGAUUCUUCCAAUUCAGAAUCUCAUGACCAUGUGACUGGUGUCUCUAGUAAAAAAGACGAAAAAGAAGAAAUUCUUAUACCGGAAAAGGCAUCAUCAUUUAAAUUUCAUCCGGAACGUUUGUGUGAAGAUCAAUGUUUCUAUUGCAGUGGCAAAUUUGGUCUUUAUGAUACACCCUGUCAUGUGGGACAAAUAAAAUCACUGGAAAGACAACAGAAAAUUUUAGCCAAUGAAGAAAAACUAACAGUAGAUAACUGUUUAUGUGAUGCUUGUUUUCGUCAUGUCGAUCGUCGGGCUAAUGUGCCAUCAUACAAGAAACGUUUAUCUGCUCCUGGAAAUCUAGAAUCAAUGGCUUCUACUUCUAAAUCAACCGAAAAUCAACAAUUCGAUGAACAUGCAGAAACCGAAGGUGGUGGCGGCAAUGAUGGUUUUACAACAACAAACACCUCAUCACGCAAAUGUUUAGUACCCGAUUGUGCUCAUCCUGCUGCUCAUUCGCUGCGACGUAAAUGUAUACGUAAAAGUGUUAAAAAAUUCUUGCUUAAAUUUGAAAUUCCCGCUGGUGCCGCCUGUGUUUGGCUUUGUCAAUCACACUAUGAUACAGUUAUACAAUGUUCGGGUUGUGUUUUAUGUAAAAGACGUUUGGGUAAAAAUCAUAUGUAUCAUAUAACAUCGGACACUGAUCGUUUGGAGAAGGCCUUGUGUGAAAUGGGUAUUCCUGUACAGUUGGGCAUUGGUACAGCUGUUUGUAAACUUUGCCGUUAUUUUGCCAAUUUACUUAUGAAACCGCCAGAUAGCACAAAAUCACAAAAGGCAGAAUUUGUUAAAAAUUAUAGAAAACGCCUCCUACAAUUUCACAAUAUACACGAUGGCAGUAAUGAUGCCUCCGAAGCUGAUGAAGAUGAUAGCAACAGUAAUAGUGCUUCGAAUCAUGAUAAUAAUGAACAACAGCAGAGAAGCGAUUCUUUGGCACAAGAAAAUGAUGCAACAGCAAAUGAAAAGGAAACGACAGAAAUUUCCCCUAACACUUUAGCAGAAAAAUCUAACACCAAUAAUAAUAAUAAUAACAAUACUGUCGAUGAUAGUGAAACAACAAAUACUCUGGUACAUGACUUUGAAACGGCCGGUAUGACAACAGAUUCCUCCAAUUCUUCUUCGGUUUCGAAUACAGCCACAAGUUCACCAAAUGAAAUGUCAAAAUUAAAAGCAAUUCUCCAAAGUAAUGCUUCUGCUGAAAAGCAACCAUCUGCCGAUAUCUCAAAUGUCUUAAGAGCAAAUCCUAACAUUUCAAUGCGUGAAUUGUUUCCGGGUGAAGAAGAUUUGGGUUUGCACUUUAAAGUACCCUUUGGUGGCAAUAGCAGUCAGAGAACGCCUGAAGGCUGGACUAGAGUACAAACAUUUUUGCAGUACGAUGAGCCCACACGGCGUCUUUGGGAAGAACUACAAAAACCCUAUGGCAAUCAAAGUUCUUUUUUGCGCCACUUGAUUUUACUUGAGAAAUAUUUCCGUAAUGGUGAUUUGGUGCUGUCGGCCAGUGCCUCGAAUAAUGCCAGUGUUUAUACGCAAACUGUAAGACAACGUUUAACUUCCUAUGAUAAAGGUCAUUGUGGCGGUUUACAUAUGGGGACGGGGACGCCAAAGGAAAAUACUCCUAGCUGUAGUGGCAGUAGUAAUAAUACAAAAGCCAAGGAAAUUGAUAAUCAAAUACCAACAUUUGUAAUCAAUGAAGAUGAUGAUGAGGAAGAUUCCGAAGAUCAGGAUGUAGAGAUGACUGAAGUCGACAAAUUAACAUCAAAAUCAGCUUCUGCGCAAAAGGACACCAAUGCCAGUAAUCAAAAUGUCCAUCAAUUACAACGUUCACGUAGUCUUUCGGUGGAUAAACUAACUAAACAAUUGAGUUCUAAUGCUGUUACCAUUACAGCACGACCAAAAGAUCCAGCAUCUUUAUUAAAUAGCAAGAGAGCUACUCCCUCACCACAGAAAUCAUUGCUUAAAGAUAAUCUUAUGGGCGGAACCGUUAAUACUUCCACAUCCUCGACUACAGCUAAUUUGGCAGCAGCUAAUGCGGCAGCUGCCGUUGCUUUGGCGGCCUCAACUGCCACGGCCAGUGUGGGAGGUGGACCCAGCAACAGUCGCAGUAUUUUGAAAUGUAAUUUAUUGGGCAUAAAUAAAUCGGUAGAAAUUUUACCCAUCAACAGUACAACAGCUACUGCAAUAGCCAAAGCCUCCAGCAAUCCGAAUGCACCACCACCACCGCCUCCUCCUCCAGCACCCAUACCGCCAGUACCCGAAACGAAACAACAAAAAAUACUUGAUGUGGCCAAUAAACUUUUGGGCAAUCAUUUGGAAGCUACUGCUGCCAAUCAGAAUAAAAAUCAAACAUCUCUUCUUAGUUCACCACCCGAGCUGGUAAGUUUACAAAGAAGAUCCACUGGACAAGUGAUGCCGGGUGCAAACGCUAAUCCAAACACUAACCAACAACCCAGUAACCUUAUCAAACGUCCUCAGUUAUUGGGUAAACCUGGAACAUCAAGACCACCUCCUAAUGUUGUUAUACUGCCAGAUUCACUAACGCCGCAAGAACGAUUGCAAAGCAAGACGUGGCGUCCCACACUAAUGCCUGUGGAGGAAAAUCAAAACUUGCUCAACAAAAACGGACCGCUUUAUCAGACAGCCGAUGGUCGCAGACUGCCGGCACUGGUGCAAGUGCAAUCGGGUGGCAAACCUUUCCUUAUUUCCAUAUUCGAUUACAAUCGUAUGUGUAUUUUACGCCGUGAAAAACUUAUGCGUGAUCAAAUGUUGAAAGCCACUAAGAAACGGCAGGAAGCGAAGCAACAACAACAACAGCAACAACAACAACAGCAAGCACAAACACAACAGCAACAACAACAGCAGCAACAGCAACAUUUACAAAAUCAACAGCAACAGCAACAAUUCCAAAAAACAAGUUUACAAAAUAUGAACAAAAACUAUCAAACUCCAUCUACAGCUGUUAAUCAACGUCAACAACAACAAGUGGCACAACAACAAUUGCUACAACUACAACUUUUGCAACAUCAACAAGCUCUAUUUAAAGCUGCGGCUGCGGCCAACAAUAACUCGAACACACAAAACCCACCACGUUAUCAAACUAUUGCCCCCAAACCCGCUACAAGCAACAUCACAACUAUGCCUCCCCUACAGGCUCCCAUAAAUACUAAUGCCAGCUUCACCGCCCCCAUGAUGCCGCUAUUAGCGAAUGCUAUAACAAAUGCCGCUAAUACCGGUAAUGUUAAUCCCGCCUCCUCAACACUUAAUAACACUUCAUGGUUAUGGAAUAACUUUCCCGAUGCCAAUCAACUCCUACUCAAUGGCGGCGCAGCUUCAGGUGGUGCAAAUGUACCAAAACUUCCCCAACUAUUAGCCAAACCUAAUAAUCCUGCUACAAAUUUAACAAAUGCUAAUAAUGCUAUGAAACAGCAGCAGCAACAACAACAACAACAGCAGCAACAGCAACAACAUCAGCAGCAACAAUAUUUGUUGUCGAAAAUUCCAAAAUCUCUAACGGUUAUACCCCAGCAUAAACUAAUGCAUAAUAAUCCAGCUGCCAGUGGCAAUGUUAGUGGUAAUAUGAUGAAAGAGUGAUGAUUAGUACAUUGUUAUUGGACAGUUAAAAGUCGCAGGAGAAAUCGUUAUAGCAGCCGAAAAUAUAUCACUAAACAUAUAGGAAGGACUUGUAAUACGCAUUGUCGUAAAACAAA